GGAGAGGAUUCUUCAAGGGGCCUAGGUUCUACGCCCAAUGAGGAUACGAGGACCUUGCGGGGCCAGUUCCGAGCGGCAGUACUUAAGGCCAACCCGGCGCGGGGCUGGGAGGGGCGCAGGACUGAACGACGCGGGGGCCGGCCAAUGGCGAGUGCAAAAGCGGGCACCCCCGGCCCGGAGCGCGGAGGGCGCUGAGGGAGGAGGGAGGCCGAACCGGAGAGAAGCAGGAAGUAGCGGCGGCCGUAGGGAGGGCGGCGGCGGCGGCGGCGGCUGGAGCUGGGUAUAGAUCGCCUAGUCCCGGUUCGCACCGGGAGCGGAACAAGUCUGGGCGCUAUGGGGGACAUGAAGACCCCUGAUUUCGAUGACCUCCUUGCUGCCUUUGAUAUCCCUGACAUUGAUGCGAAUGAAGCCAUCCACUCUGAGCCUGAAGAAAAUGAGGGGCCAAGAGGCCCAGAGAAGCCAGAACCCAGUGGAGGAGUCGAAUCUAAAGAUACAGAAGCAGCCUCUGCUGGGGAUGGCCCUGUGGGUCCAGCCCAGGCUUCUGAGCAUGGCCUGCCACUGCCAGAUAUUUCCACAGUCAGCGUCAUUGUCAAGCAUACUGUGUGUCCUGAGCAGUCUGAGGCUCUGGCUGGGGAGUUAGGAGAGGAGGGGGGGCAGGCUGAGGUAUUGAUUAAGGAAGAAUGUGUGGAGCCUUGUCUGAUGCAAAAUGGUUUUGGGGGCCCUGAGGCAUCUCUCCCAGGAACCCCUCACUCUCCAGCUCCUCCCACUGUGGAUACCUGGAAAGAAAAAGCCAUGGAAGACAAAACUCCUUUAGACCUCUUUGCUCAUUUUGGGCCUGAGCCAGGGGAGCACUCAGAUACCCUGCCUUCCUCUGCACCUUCCUCUCGGGAGGGGGCCAUGACCCCACCCACUUUCUCAUCUCCCUUUGAGUUGGGCCAGGAGAAUGGCCCAAACCUGCUGCCACCUGGUUCUUCCCCACUGCUGCGGGCCUUGAAACAGGAAAGCUGCAGCCCCCUUCACCCCCAGGAUAUAGCCCAGGGAGCCUUGGGCUCUAACCCUAAAGCCUCGGGCAUCCCUGCCAGCACCUCAUCCCCCCCGGUUGCUGGAAUGCCCUUCUUCAAGCAAUCUCCAGGGCAUCAGAGCCCUCCCACCUCCCUCAAAGUACCCAGCUGUCAGCCCCUGAAGGAAGAAGACGAGGGGCCAGUGGACAAGUCUCUCCAGGAAAGUCCCCAUAGUCCUUCUAGUGGAGCUGAGGCAGCAGAUGAGGACAGCAAUGACUCCCCCACCUCCUCCAGCUCCUCUAGGCCUCUGAAAGUGCGGAUCAAAACCAUUAAGACAUCCUGCGGGAGUAUCACAAGGACUGUAACCCGAAUCCCCUCGGACCCUGACACGCCUGCCCCCUUGGCUGAGGGGGCCUUCCUGGCUGAGGCCAGCCUCCUAAAGCUGUCCCCUGCAACACCAGCCCCUGAAGGUCCAAAGGUGGUGAGUGUGCAGUUGGGUGAUGGUACGAGGCUGAAGGGCACUGUGCUCCCUGUGGCCACCAUCCAGAAUGCCAGCACUGCCAUGCUGAUGGCAGCCAGUGUGGCCCGCAAAGCUGUAGUUCUUCCUGGGGGGACUGCCACCAGUCCUAAGACGAUUGCUAAGAAUGUACUGAGCUUGGUGCCCCAAGCCCUGUCCAAAGCUGAGGGGCGGGCAGGGCUGGGGUUAGGGGGGCAGAAGGUGAAUGGUGCCUCAGUGGUGAUGGUGCAUCCUUCAAAGACAGCCACUGGGGCAGGUGUGGGAGGCGGCACGGUGAUCUCACGGACACAAUCCAGCCUGGUGGAAGCCUUUAACAAGGUCCUCACCAGCAAGAACCUGCUGCCUGCGUACAGGCCAAACCUGAGCCCGCCUGUGGAGGCUGGGCUGGCCCUGCCCCCAACAGGCUAUCGCUGCCUUGAGUGUGGGGACGCCUUCUCUCUGGAGAAGAGUCUGGCACGACACUAUGACCGCCGGAGCAUGCGCAUCGAGGUCACUUGCAACCACUGCGCGCGCCGCCUGGUCUUCUUUAACAAGUGCAGCCUGCUCCUGCACGCCCGCGAGCAUAAGGACAAGGGGCUUGUUAUGCAGUGCUCGCAUUUGGUCAUGAGGCCAGUGGCCCUCGACCAGAUGGUGGGGCAGCCGGACAUUACACCCCUGCUGCCUGUGGCUGUCCCACCUAUUCCUGGACCUCUGAUCUUGCCUGCCUUAGGCAAGGGUGAGGGGGCCAUCACAUCUGCCAUCACAACAGUUGCUCCUGAGGCCCCUGUUCUGCCACUCUCAGUGGACCCUCCUGUUGCCCCUGCCACCUCUGCUUACACGUGCUUUCGCUGUCUGGAGUGCAAGGAGCAGUGCCGGGACAAGGCUGGCAUGGCAGCCCACUUCCAGCAGCUUGGGCCCCCUGCCCUUGGGGCCACUAGCACUGUGUGCCCAACCUGCCCCAUGAUGCUCCCCAACCAUUGCAGCUUCAGUGCCCACCAGCGCAUGCAUAAGAAUCGACCCCCACACGUCUGUCCCGAGUGUGGGGGCAACUUCCUGCAAGCCAAUUUUCAGACCCAUCUCCGUGAGGCCUGUCUGCAUUUCUCUCGCCGCGUAGGAUACAGGUGCCCCAGCUGUGCGGUGGUAUUUGGGAGCAUGAACUCCAUCAAGUCCCAUGUCCAGGCUUCGCACUGUGAGGUUUUCCACAAGUGCCCCAUCUGCCCCAUGGCCUUCAAGUCUGGACCCAGCGCCCAUGCUCACCUCUAUACCCAGCAUCCCAGUUUCCUCAUGCAGCAGGCCAAGCAGAUCUACAAGUGCGCCAUGUGUGACACGGUCUUCACCCACAAGCCCCUGCUGUCCUCGCAUGUCGACCAGCACCUGCUGCCCCAGCGUGUUAGUGUCUUUAAAUGCCCAUCCUGCCCUCUACUCUUUGCCCAAAAAAGGACCAUGUUGGAACAUCUCAAGAACACCCAUCAGUCUGGGUGCUUGGGAGAGGAGCCUGCUGGGAAAAGGAGUGCCCUUCUGACACCUAAGACUGAGCCUGAAGACCUGGCUGUGUCUGGGGGAGGGGCGGUACCUGCUACUGAGGAAUCCUCUUCAUCUUCAGAAGAGGAAGAACUGCCCAGCUCCCCUGAGCGCCCCCGCCCAACCAAACGGGCACGGCGGGAAGUAGGGAGCAAAGGCAUCAAGGGUGGGGGAGGUGGUGGUGGCUGGACCUGUGGCCUCUGUCAUUCCUGGUUCCCUGAGCGUGAUGAAUAUGUGGCUCACAUGAAGAAGGAACAUGGCAAGUCAGUGAAAAAGUUUCCCUGUCGGCUAUGUGAGCGCUCCUUCUGCUCGGCACCCAGCCUGAGGCGCCAUGUCAGGGUCAAUCACGAGGGCAUCAAGCGAGUUUACCCAUGCAGGUACUGUACGGAGGGGAAGCGCACCUUCAGCAGCCGCCUCAUCCUGGAGAAGCACGUGCAGGUCCGGCAUGGCUUGCCGCUUGGGGCCCCGUCCACUGGCCGGGGGAAUGCCCGGGGACCUGGUGCCCGAUCCCAGGCGCCAGGCCGGAAACGCCGCCAGUCUUCUGACUCUUGCAGCGAGGAGCCUGACAGCACAACACCGCCAGCAAAGUCCCCCAGAGGAGGACUUGGGUUGGGAGGCCGUGGCCCUAUGCGCUACCGAAGCAGUGGACCAGUGGAACAGAGCCUUGCUGUGGGGUUGAGGGUGGGUGGUGGUGCCCAACAGUGCCUCGACUGUGGCCUAUGCUUUGCCUCCCCUGGCUCACUGAGCCGGCACCGUUUCAUCAGCCACAAGAAGAGACGGGGUGUAGGUAGGGCCAGUGCCCUGGAGUUGGGGGAUGGGGAGGAAGAGGGUCCCCUUCCAUCAAGGUCUGACCCAGAUGGUGGAGAUUCAACCUUGCCUCCUCCCGGGGGCCCACUGACCUGUAAGGUGUGUGGCAAGAGUUGUGACAGCCCUCUCAACCUCAAGACCCAUUUCCGCACACAUGGCAUGGCAUUCAUCAGGGCUCGGCAAGGGGGCAGCGGGGACAACUAGGCCUCAAGCCCAGGACUGACCAGCCCUUCUCUCUUCCCAAGGAGCCUGGUUUUCCCUGCUGCUUCCUGGUCCAUGGGCUGUGACAUUUCAUUAACAUUCAUAUUUUGUUCAAAUCCUCUCUUCCCCCACCCCCUCAACCCUGAGGAAAAAGCUUUUGAGGAAUAUAGUUACUUGCAAUCUCCUUUUGGGUUAGGACCUUGGGCCCUGGUAGUGGGCCCUCCAUUCUUCCUUUCUGAGCCCAGCACUAAUUAUGCUCUUGCUGCAGAACCCCCAGUGUGGGACUGGGGCUGGGAGGAUGAGACAGUCAUAGGCCUGCCAGAUGGGUACAGGGAAGGACCAAUAGGGGCAUGGACAGCUUCCACAAUUCCUCCAGGCACAGACUGGAAUUUUCUUCCUCUGGGCCAGGCCCUAACACCCCACCCCCAACUCCUUGGCGCUCAACUCGCCCCACCCCUGCAGUGCCUUUCACUUUUCUUUUACCCCAGAAAUCCAGGGGCGGGGUUGGUGGGGAUGAGUCCAGUCAAGGGGGCCCAGGGAGGAGGAGACAGGCUCUCAGGAAUCUUUAUUCUUGUAGUAAUAAUACUAACAAUGGGGGAAAUAGAAAACCAGACCAUUAAAACUGCUCGUGGUUUAACCCCCAUGCAGGCCUCUGUGACUUGGACAACGUGAAGUUGGAGGGGGCA